GUAGACGGGGAGGGGCGGGGGGGAGGGGGAGAGGACAAGAGGGUAUAAAGGCAGCCUUCGAAGGACACGGGCAUCACUGAGGAUCUGGGCAUUAGCAAGGGCGCUUAGCAAGAUACAAAUUUCAUAAUGAUGCUGAAGAUGAUGCUCUUGCUGGUCGUGGGCGGCGUGGCGUUGGCGGGCCCGCAACGCGCCACGGUCGAGGUGUUCAAGAGUGUGUCCCACCCGCACAGCCACCCACACAGCCAUACGCGCGCCCACGCAGAGGCCAAGGAGGCCUUCCGCAACUCGGACACCUUCUCGGCGCUGGACGCGGCCGGCGCGCAGUUCUUCCAGAUGCUGGGGAACCUCGCCUCCUCCUUCAGCAGGGUCGUCUCCGACUCCAUGGAGCGAGCAAGACAGACGACGACAUCUCGAGCUUCGUUCUCCUCCUCCUCCCUCCCCGCCCCCGCCCCCGCCCCCGCCCCCGCCCCCGCCUCCGGCAGCAGCGGGAAUUCCGGAUUUACUAUAGUGAAGAGCUUCAACAAGAAAGUGAUUCCCCACAGUUCACAGGACUAGGAUUGGCGUUUUGACAGUAAAUAAAAGCUCGAGGCGAGGCUCUCCUGCAGAAGUAAUCCACAAGAAAGUAACCCUUGCGAACAACGGCCCCAAUCAGACGAUUUUGUGCUGACGUCAUCAGUUAAGACGCAUCCCCUCGGCAGAGCCAAUCAGAGGCCGAUUAUGAGCUCUCGUUAUCUCGACCAGCCAUCCGCCAGUCGAGUUACGUCACGACCAAUCGUUUUCCUAGACUUCCGUGUCUUUGGCUGUUGCUUCUGAAGGCAGAUUGAUAUUUGCCAACAUUUUUUGGGGGGAAAUUUUAAGUCACAUUAUGAUUAUUCUUAUUUCUAAUAUCGUAUAUAUUGAUUUUAUGUCUUUUGUACAUUUAGUGUCAGGAGUAAAAUAAGGAAAGAUUGAUUGAUUUUUCAAACUAUUAUGAUAUCAAAAGAAUACAAUAAAUAUGAAAUUGAA